AUGGCAAACGGUGGUGAGCUGUACCUUCCAAGGCCUUGGCAUCUCUCUCAAAAUCGAGAGGGUGCUCAGUGGUUCGUAGAUGCUUUGGAAGGUAAAAUGGCGAGUGCAUCUGCAGUACUCAAGGAAAUUGGUAAAGACUUUUUGGAAUGUGGUAUCUGUUUUGAACGGUACACACAUCCCAAAAUCCUCAGUUGCGUACACAGCUUCUGUGAAAAAUGUUUGGUUCAAUACUAUGGCAACGAUGUUGUAAAACCUUGUCCAUUGUGUCGGCAAAAGAUACGACUACCAGUGCCAGGGGGCAUCAGUGGCCUCAAGACCAAUGGGUUCAUAAUAACAUUGAGGGAAAAAGUCGAGCUCCAGGAGAAGGUUGCCAAACUAUCAGACAAAGCACGACGCACAUGUGAAUUAUGUACUGAGAACGAGGUUACACAUCAUUGUUUAAACUGCUCUCAGAAUAUCUGCCAGGGCUGCAUGAACAUUCACAGGCGAAGCAAAGUUUCAGCUGAUCACACAGUCGGAACCUUGGAAGAUGUUCGCAAGGGAAAGGUUACCCUACCAGAGGUACAAAAGGAGUAUACAUGCAACACGCACAAGGGUGAGAUCAAUCGAUUUUACUGUGAGACGUGUCAUGUCUUGAUUUGUCACGUCUGCACUGUUGUAAACCAUUGCAAACCCGAGCAUCGGUACAUUGAUUGCGCAUCAGCUUCUUCCAAAUAUAAGAGGGGUUUUAAAGAACUAUUUCCCACAAUUACCAAUGAAAUCAAACAUGUUAAAGAAUGUUUAGAUCUUGCAUGCAAAGCUCAGCAACAAUUUGAAAGGAAAGUUUCACAAACAGUGCAAGAGGUGAAGAAGGGAGCAGAUUUGGCGAGGGACAAAGUGAAAGCCGAAGAAGACCGAAUUCUGCGAGAGAUCCGGGUCCUAAAGGAGGAUCGCAGCACAGCAUUUGACGAACAAAUAAAAACAAUGCAAUCUUUGCUUCAGAGGAAGCAAGAUACGCUGACCAUCGCAAGAGAUGUCACAAACAAAGGCUCAGAUAGUGACUUUCUGUCUUUAUUUCCAAUCAUCGACCAAGAUUUGACUUUCUUAAAAAGUAAUAAAGUCCCACCUCAGAUUGACGCAAGUUUUCACUAUCAGCGCCUCGAUCAGACUGGUUCUAUUAUACUAGGCAACCUGGAGAUCGGAACUAAGUGGGAGCCGCGUCGUGAACUCAGGCGUCAUAGGACGUGGACGAGGAAGAGGAUGGAGUCUUUUUGUGAUAUAGCAUCUCUGCCAGGUGACAGACUUGCAGUAACUACCGCCAUCACCCGACGUUCACGUGAUGGAAAAUUGGCUAUCUGCAGAACUGAUGGUAAACUUGAGAAAACUAUUCCAAUGAAGGGAAUUGGUCAAAAUGGCAUAGCAUCUUUUCGCAAUGGCUUAAUGGUGGCUGAUUAUCAGAGUGGAUGUGUCCAGAUCUACAAUGAGGAUUUCACAACAACCUCUCAGCUUCAUCCAUUCCUUGAUGGAAAGAUAGACGAAACGAGUAGGAAAAAAGGAUAUCUUGAUUUUCUCAAUGGAUACACGUGCAUUUGUAUGAAGAAAGACGGUACUAUUCUGGUAGGACAUUCCACAGAGAACGCGAUAACCUUAAUACACCGUCCUGCUGGUGAGCUAAUACACACUACACGUAUAUCACUGCCGAAGUCACCGCGGUUCUUGGCCACUGACUGCAAUGACAGAAUAGUUGUCAGUACUGGCAACCAAGUUAUUGUUAUCGAUGACCAAGGUGCUACCCUUGUCACCAUCAAACCCACCAUGAAUGGUCAGCCUGUGGACUACUGCAGGGGCGUAUGCUGCGACGGCUCCGCUAUCUACGUGGCAGUUACCAACCUUGACCCUGGUUCUGGUCAUAUCCAUCGUUAUGAUAGUGAUGGGAAGUUCAUCUCCUGUAUUUUUCAAGGUCUGCGUCGACCAAGGGGAAUCACAUUCACGGAAGAUGGGCAACACCUAGCAGUAGUAGACGAUGCAAAAGUACAACUUUACCAUAGGGUAUCAGUCAACUACGUUACCUAA